CUUCCGCGAUUCGUUUAUUCGUUAUCUUUGCGAACUCGUGAUUCUUUCUUAAAUGAUAAAGUAGAUAUUUAUACGAUAUUUCUGAGCAUGACACACAUGUAAACAAAGGGAAUGGUAUAGGAGCUGAAAUAUCUACAGUCUUAAUUUGCGAAUGGUUUCUGCCAGCUGAUUUGAACUGCAACAACAACACAAGACCCGAUUCACAGGAACGUCUGGGAAUUUUGCAGUGGAGAACUGUGGGCAUAGUAAAAGGGUGUUCUUGUCAUACAGAGUGUUUAAAAGUAUGUCUGUAUGAGUUCGUCCACUGAGAACGAGGCUGAGCCAACAGAACGCACCCAGCUAAUGCCCUACCAGACGGAGUCCACAUUGGGAGGGGUGAGAUUGAGAGAUGAGCCGGAGGGGCGGCUUGGGCAUGGCAUCCAGAACAACGUGCGGAUAAACAGUGAAGGAAAUGGCCGGAUCAGGAAUGAGCGAGGAGUGAGGGGCCAGCCAGAUGGUAUGGGGCAAACUGAUCGAGGAGGGAGGGGUCAGCCAGAUGGGACAGUGCCUCACCGAGAGAACAGUCGGCGGUCUCAGGGCACCGAGUCUGCGCAGAGCUCCAACAACGAUGGUGAUGAAACGUUCAUGUAUGGAGCCAAGCACGUCAUCAUGCUGUUUGUCCCUGUGACGCUGUGUAUGGCUGUGGUUGUGGCCACCAUCAGCUCUGUCAACUUUUACACACAGAAAUCAGGAUACUUGAUUUAUACCCCGUUCCAUGAGGAGACAAAUGACAAAGGGACCAAGGCCUGGCAGUCAUUUGCUAAUGCAUUCAUCUUGCUGGGUGUCAUUGCAGUUAUGACCAUAUUUCUUCUCAUUCUCUACAAAUAUAAAUGCUACAAGUUCAUCCAUGGUUGGUUGAUAGUGUCCUCACUUAUGCUUCUGUUCCUGUUUGUUUACAUUUACUUGGGGGAAGUGUUACGAGCAUACAACGUCCCGAUGGACUACAUCACCACUGCCAUCAUGAUGUGGAACAUAGGUGUAGUGGGGAUGAUUUCUAUCCACUGGAAGGCCCCACUACACCUACAGCAAGCCUAUCUUAUCUUCGUUAGUGCCUUGAUGGCUUUGAUUUUCAUCAAAUAUUUACCUGACUGGACCACCUGGGUCAUGCUCGGUAUUAUGGUUGUUUGGGAUUUAGUAGCAGUGCUUUGUCCAAAGGGUCCCUUGAGAAUUUUGGUGGAGACAGCACAGGAAAGAAAUGAACAGAUAUUCCCAGCUCUUAUCUACUCAUCUGCAGCUACUGUUAUGGUAUCCACAACAGCUGGAGUUGGUAUGGCAGAUUCUGCUGAUGCAGAUGAUAAGAAAAAGAAGAAAAAGAAAAAACAAAAGAAAAAUAAUCCAGAAGGAGCAAGUGGCAAUGAGAUGGCCAGUGAAGAGAAUUACGGGGGUUUCAGGGAUUGGGACGGGGAAGAGAGGAGUGCCAGGCGGUCUGAGCUGCAGAGCUCCACCAACAGCACAGACUCCACCAGGGCACGCACAGCCCAGCAGGCCCUGGGCAACCGUGAGAAUGGCCCCACCCAAGACAGAGAUGCUCCAGAGGGGGCUUCACGACAAACUGCAACACGACAAGUCUCAGAGGAUGAUGAUGAGGAACGUGGAGUUAAACUUGGACUUGGAGACUUCAUUUUCUACAGUGUUCUAGUGGGAAAGGCUUCAUCAAAUGGAGACUGGAACACAACAUUGGCAUGCUUUGUUGCCAUACUCAUUGGUUUGUGUUUUACUCUCCUGUUGCUGGCCAUCUUCAGGAAGGCUCUGCCAGCCCUGCCUAUUUCCAUCACAUUCGGACUGGUGUUUAACUUUGCCACCAGUGAGUUGGUCCGUCCCUUCAUGGACAGCCUUGCUGGAGAGCAGGUGUAUGUCUAGCAUCAGCUUUAUGAGGGUGCCUAACCAUUGUGAAUGGACAGCUGCAGGCAUUCACAAAAAAGUUUUUGUUGUUACAUUCUUCUUGAUACUGACUUAAUACCAGGCCAAAGGCUCUUCUAAUAUGUUUUUCAGGGGAAAUAGUUCUUGACACAAGAGCACGGUGCGAAGUUCUGUAUUAAUGUGGGCGUAAUGAUUAUCAUUCUCAUAGCAGAGCAACGGAAGUAUUCCUCACUCACGUAAAUCCAUUCUCUGAGUGUACAUGUAUCUACAGGGGUCUUGCCUGUGAAGAACUGUGCUGUAUGAAUUACCAAUGGAAUCAAGAAAUAAAUUUAUUGAUCUGC